AAAAAAGACUUUUUUAAACUUCACCUUUUCGAUUUUUAAAAAAAUAAAUGUCUUCCACCACUACAAUCUAUGUUGGUAACCUUGACCAAAGAGUGACUGAUACAAUGUUACUUGAAUACUUUGCUCCUAUGGGCUCUGUAGCUAACAUCAAGAUUGUCGCUAUGCAUAGACAUGGCCCUUUCCCUAGUGUCAAUUAUGGCUUUGUCGAAUAUGUUGAACCCCAAGCCGCUGACAGCGCCAUUCAGGAAUUGAAUGGAUGUAAGGUUUUAGACUACGAGAUCAAAGUUAAUUGGGCUCAACAAGGACAACAACUUACAAAGGAAGAAGCUCCCAGCCAUUUCCAAAUCUUUAUUGGUGAUCUUGCUCCCGAGAUUACCGACGAUUUACUGUCCCAAGCUUUCGGUGUUUUUGGAACGAUGGUAAAUGCUCAUGUCAUGAGAGAUACAAUGUCCGGUAACUCUAGAGGUUUUGGUUUUGUUGCCUUCCGUGAAAAGGCUGAUGCCGAUCAAGCAAUCGCUUCUAUGAACGGUGAGAUGGUUGGUUCUCGUAAUAUUCGUGUUAAUUGGGCUACCCAAAAGAGUCAAUCUGAUACUCCCCCUCCUCGUCCCGGGCAACAACUUCCUUACGAGACUGUUCUCCAACAAACUCCUGCCUAUGUUACUAGCGUUUACGUCGGUAACUUGCCACCUAACACCACUGAUAAUGAUUUAUUGCAACCUUUCCAAAGAUUCGGCUUCAUCCAAGAAGUCAAGUUACAAGCCGAUAGAGGUUUCGCAUUCGUCAAAUUGGACACACAUCAAAAUGCCGCAAACUCGAUUGUUCAUUUACAAGGUAUGAAUGUUAACGGUCGCGAAGCAAAGUUAUCUUGGGGUAAGGAUCGUGCUCCCUCUAACUGGCCUGUAUAUAACAGCGGCUAUAACAAUGGCGGACAACAGCAACAACAACAACGUCAACAAAGUAACAACUGGCGCCAAGAUAAUAGAAACUAAAAAACCAAAAAAAAAAACUCCAAUAUAUAUAUUUAAUUUAGUGUUCUCAUCCCUUUUUUUUUAUAUGCAGUCUUUCCUAUCAUAUCUUAUCAACUUUAACAACCACAUCAUGCCAUCCACAUUAUUACUUUUUUUCCUUUACCUCUCUUUUCCUAUAUCGAAAUGAAAUAAUGUAUUAUAAUUGAAUUUAAUAAAAAGAAGCAGAAAAAAAAAUUACUCUCGUA